GAUUUAACCUGUGAUAUGUUUUUAGCAGUCAUUAUGACAUAAUAUUAAAUUACGUGAGGUUCAUUAUUAAUGAACAACAAUAGAAGAAGAUGUCGACAUUCGUUCUCAUUUUUAUUUUCGUACCAACUGUUGUGUUUGCGAUACCCUCUCGGACUGCCCCACCACAAAUUCAACAAGAGAACCCAUUUACAGACCAUUUGGUUUUGGGGCGUCAACAACCGUCUCGUUCACUAGAUAGUAUUGCAUCGCCCAGGAAUGCACUUCCAAUGAUAUCUACUGAAGAACGCCAAGAUCUGUGUCAAAUUUGUCAAAGGUUUACGUCAGAAAAACCCUUAGAAUGUAAAACUUACUGUGCAAAGAUUCUAAAAGGCAAAACGUCAGCUACUAAAUCAGGUUCCGACUCUAGGAAAAAACCUACAACACUGGGAGAUGCUCUAUGUGACUUUUGCAAGAAAUACCCCAAAUUCCGAUUAUCAGAAAUAUGCAAGAAAAAAUUAUGCUCUAAAUAAACGAAUGGAACUCAUCUGCAGAAAUAGAAUUAAACAAUAUUAAUCUAUCCAAAAAGAUACAUAUUCAGAA